AAUAUCCCCCAAAUCAAAGCGAAGAAUUUCGAUCAAGAACCCAAUCAAAGGAAAUCGGAAUCAGGUCCCGGCGACCGGCGAUUCGGUAAACGACAGAGAACAGAAAGCGAGAGAAUGGAGCCGCAAGGAGAUACGGAGCCGUCGGCGUGCAUCAAAGAGGGGUGCGUGCUGUUCGGAUCGGCGGAGAAGGGCAAUCUCUGCCCUAGCUGCGACCAACAACACAAGAAACGAGAUCUGGACGAGACCGCCACGGCAGCGGGAUCCACGAUUGGGAAGCCAGUCGGCUCGAAGCGUCCGUUCUAUUUCCCUCGCGAUGCGACGGUCGUUCCGUUCUCCGGAUUCGACGGCAGGGAGACCACCGCCGCCACCACCGGUACUAACAGAAACUCGUUCUUCAGCGGUAAAUCUUGCCAAACCACCUCGUCUUCUUCGUCAUCAGGUUCUAGCUUUUUCUCUAGCGUAGAUAGCGGCUUCUUCCCUACUCGUGGUCGUGCUUUUGAUCCGUCUGCUUUCACAUUUGGAUUCGGUUCCGCCACCGAUACCACCACCAAGACGGUAAAGAAGGAAGAAAAGAAUUGUGGUAGUUGCAGAAAGCGGGUAGGAUUGCUGGGAUUCAAGUGCCGGUGCAAGAAACUGUUCUGUAGCAAGCACCGGUACCCUGAGGAGCAUCUUUGCUCCUUCGAUUACAAGGAGUUCGGGCGCAAGAUUCUUGAGCAGCAGAAUCCUGUCCUCGAGUCCGAUAAGCUGGAGAAUCGAGUCUGAGGUAGGCCGGCGACGGGUCACAGGUAAGUUGAUGAAUAGGGUAAUAACAGGUCAGAAUCCAUAGGGUAAAAAGAAUGGAAUUGAGGUUAGAAGGGUUUGAAGAACCAUUUAAGAAUCAAUCGUGUCUGCAUUUAGGUGUCAUUCUGCGUCUGUGAUUAGGGUUUCUUUCUGUUUUUUCUUUCCUUUUUUCUUUAUCAAUUCCUGCUUUGAGCCUGUAGCUUAGGUGUGCAUUAUCAGGGGUUAGAACUUUAGUGUUUGAAUCCGCCAUUGUUUACCUUUCUCGGGAGUCCUGCAUUCAUCCUUCAAAGGAGGCCGAAAAGCCGAUGACAAAUCAAGCCGCGGCAUCUCGCUCAGGUGAACAUCUGGGGAAAGGGAGAGGCUUCUGUACACUAUUGUUCUCACUUCUGUUUGUGUAUACUAGGUAGUAAGAGAGAGCCCCCAUUGAAUGUGCAUUAGAUAGAUACUUCAUUAGGGUUAGGCUGCGCAUAUCGAUCAUCAUCUCUGUAAAACCAUUCCUCAGCUCCCCAAUUGUACACUAUCUGGUCCUAAUGUUACAGAGCUAUGCUAAUGAGGGUUCUCUUCAUCUGGGUAGGACGUAAACAAUUACUAGUUCUAAUAUGUUUGUCUCCCGUGUAAAUAUUCUUAGAUCCGUGUUUCUCUUCGUUUAACGUUGGUUGUUGAUGAAGGUAUGUUUCGGCCAGGUGGUGCUUUGAAGGUGCACUUGUAUAUGGCUGUCUAGACUUAGCUUGGCAGAUCUUAUGUGCCACCAUUGUUCACGAUAGGAGUGGGAAUGUGUCUGCCGAGUAGUGUUAAGGCAAAUCAUUAAAGAUAGCAAUUGAAUUUUGGUAAGCUCUAUUUGGGUAAGCUCCUUCACUCCAUUUUUCGGAGGAAAGGGCAAUGGUCCACGUUAUAGGUCCACUUAUUUAAUUACCUAGAUUUGGUUAGAGCUUAGAGGAGUAGAUAAUAGAUUUAGUAGCCCAAAUUACAUUAAUAGUGUUGCAAGUCUAGCAAAGUUUAACUUAAAUAUGUAUGUGUAUAUUUAGAUUGAAAAAAAAAACCAUAUUUCUAUUAUGAAUAAUUAUCCCAGAGAUGGGAAUAUAUAAUACCAUUGAAA